AUGUUCGAGACCCAUCGCGCCGCCUCGCGCUACCGUCUACGCCUCCACCGCGCCCGCUCCGUCAUCCUCAGCCCAUCCGAACUCGUCGAAAUCCGCGCGGCGCAGCGCACCUUCGAAGGCGCCUACAUCCGCACCAGUCUCAGCCAGUUCAGCUUCGCGCUGAUUGUGCUGAAGAUUUUCACGAGUGAAUUUUACAGUAUUGGCGCUUUGUUUGCCGUGUACGGCGCGGGGGUAUUGGGAGUCAGUGCGUUUCGGCGCAUGCAGGGGAAUCGACAGUUUUUUAGUGAAGUUGGCGAUGAUGGUCUAAGCAGAAAACGAUUCCGAACGAGUGGCAAUGUAGUCAUCAUCUUGACGGCGUUGAGCGUAAUGGCGUACGUGUGUCUUUUGGUUCUUACAUUACGACUAGAUGCGUGA